AGACUCUCUCUCUCUCUCUCUCUCUCUCCCCCCCACUCUGUUUCUGAGGAAGCGGAAGUUCACUGGUUGAAUCUUUUUCUCCGAUAAGGGAAAGAAGAAGAAAAGAAGGCGGCGGCGAUGGCGGCUAUUUCGUCCCUCUCUCUCUCGUCUGUGGGUCAGCAGGCGGCGGGGAGGGGAGGGCGGCCGGGAUUUCGCUUUCCGGAGUGCGUUGCGGCUGCCUGUCUCGACGUCUUCCGCCCCCGAUCUAUCUUCUGCGCCCCCGAUCUCCUCCGUGUUUCGAUGCCGGCGUCGAGUUCGCGGUUCCGUUGUAUGGCAACGGCUAAUGAUCUCCCUACUGUAGCUGAGACAAAAAAGGGUUUUCUCAAGUCAUACAAGAAGCCCAUUCCUAGUGUGUACAAUACUGUUCUCCAAGAACUAAUUGUUCAGCAGCACUUGAUGCGUUAUAAGAAGACAUAUAAAUAUGAUGCUGUUUUUGCUCUUGGGUUUGUUACUGUCUAUGAUCAACUUAUGGAGGGAUACCCCAGUAAUGAAGAUCGAGACUUGAUAUUUAAAGCAUAUAUUGAAGCACUAAAGGAGGAUCCUGAACAAUACAGAAAUGACGCUCAAAAAUUGGAAGAGUGGGCUCGGUCACAGAAUGCAGCAUCCUUAGUUGAAUUUCCAUCAAGGGAAGGAGAAGUUGAAGCCAUCUUGAAAGAUAUUUCCGAUCGCGCUGGUGGAAAGGGAAGCUUCAGCUAUAGCCGUUUCUUUGCAGUUGGCUUAUUCCGUCUUCUUGAGCUGGCAAAUGUGACAGAACCGAGUGUCUUGGAAAAGCUUUGUGGAGCCUUAAAUGUGAGCAAGCGAAGUGUUGAUAGGGACCUUGAUGUAUAUCGGAACCUGCUUUCCAAGCUGGUCCAAGCAAAGGAGCUUCUAAAGGAAUAUGUGGAAAGAGAAAAGAAGAAGAGAGAUGAAAGAUCUGAAUCUCAGAAGGCAAACGAAGCCGUCAAACAGUGUACAGGUGAAUUCCAAUAUGCGGAGCGCUAGGUACUUGGAGAACAGCUGCUCCAACUGUGCCAGUUGUUGAUAUGAAGUCCAACCUAAUGAUUCCUCGCAAUUUUGACGCAGAGUGGAGCCCUAUGAUGCAGAUUCAUGUUUUCAUGUAUGUACGUUGCAAUAUUCGGAACUGGCACGUCACCAUUAAACUUUGGUGUAUGUCCCAGUUGGUUGUUGUAGCAUUAUGUAAAAAAUUGCAGUCAGGUUCUCUUGCUGAGAUAAGCUUCUUAUGCUUCUCUCACUACCCGACUAAUGCCAUUGCUUUGUGCA